AUGCGCUCUCCUGGCGUUCCUCGCAGUAUCUGGCUGGCAAAGCGUCUUGCCAGCUUGGCCAUGUUCGUGAUUGGCAGUGCGCUAGUGAUCCGUGGCGCAAAGUUCAAGAUCAAACCAUGGAGGUGCCGCCAGUCAGACUCCGGCGACUGCGUCGACCCCCGCGCAGCCUCAGUACAGGAUCUCAGCGAUACGCUGCUGGAAGACUGGAUCUACUGGGGAAUCCGCGUGAUCCUCUUCUUCUUCAUGCACCUGAGGAAUGGGGCGAUCUUCAUCUAUGGCACGCCCUGGAGAAAUGCACGGAAAGAUGGUGGCCGUGGUUGCUGGGAAAACUUCUUGAAGACGGAUCUGGUGGUCCUGCUGCUGUGGGUGCUCAUGCUCACGAGCAGCAUCGUCCUGGAGAUCUUCAUUAUCCUCCCAGCCAUGAAAGGCUUGGACUUGAACUCCACCUGUGGGCUUGGCUUCCUGGGCCAGGUCAUUGGCAUUCCAGCACAGGUGGGCGAAUGCUCGGAGAAGGACUUUCUGCGUGACAAGCCGCUUGCCCUGGAAGCACUCCUGGACGAUGGCCUCCUGCUGUUCGCGCUCACCUUGGUCCUGGUCGGCUGCAUAGUUGACAUCUACUUCAUUUUCUAUAUCUUUUCAGCCAUCGGUGGGCUAUGCAUGGGUCAGUACCGACAGCUGAACAGUGUCAAGAGAGUGGACGUUCCGAUCAACCUCCGACCUGGGGGCAAAGAUGCCGAGCGAUUCGAAGCGAAGAUUGGGCAUGGAUGGCGUAUGGUUUGGGGCCGGAUGGUGCAUAGCCUGCUCAGUGAGUCCCUCAUCGACCAGCGCAUGGCAGAGUGGCUGAGGAAGGCUGCUGAACCGCCUGGCGGAGAGGGGGACCCAGGCAGAGUAUACCGGCGCCAAGACAAGAAAGACCUGCCCGAUGACAAGCAUAAGGACAAGCUGAUCCAUCUCUCCCGCUUCCCACAGAUCGUGGCCGAGCGCCUGGCCUUCUUCUUCCAGUCUCUUGAGAGGAUCCAGGAGCCGGGUGAUGGCACCCAGGUUGAAGAGACCGACAGGCUGACGUCCCCGGACUUUGAGCCGGGCACCGUGCCGUCGCUGACGCAGAUCAUCCCAUGUUACCAGGAGGCAACUGACCGGCUGUGA